AUGAUGUUCACUGGUGGGGCUCACGCGAAGAGGAGGAACGCUGGUGGAGGUUCUGCUUCCGGCCGGAAGACCUCAGCGGACCGCAGGAGCCCUCAGCCUCGCUCAGGCGCGGAGGGAUACAUUUACAGAACAAGAAUUCCAAUAUUAAAUCCUGCGGAUCUACCCCCAACGACGUCUACAGGGAAAGCCUACGUUUACAAAACGAGAAUUCCUCGAAGGGAUAUUGCGUCAACCUCCUCCGUGGCUCCUCUAUGCGAGAAAAAUAAUGCGGGUGGAGGUGCAAUCACUAGAAGAAGGGGUGCGGUGAAGCAGAACAAGGUGCACGUGGUUCGUGGUCACAGAUUGGUCGCGAAAUUCUUCAGACAGCCAACUUUCUGCGCCUUUUGCAAGGACUUCCUUUGGGGCUUCGGGAAGCAGGGGUACCAGUGCCAAGCCUGCCAAACCGCGGUGCACAAGAAGUGCCACGAUAAAUUGUUAACCAAGUGCCCAGAAAGCGGCAGGGAGUCAGAGAACACGAUAUACUUGAGGGAGCGUUUCAAGGUAGAUGUGCCUCACAGGUUCCGGCUACACACGUUCAUGUCGCCGACCUUUUGCGAUCACUGCGGUUCCUUAUUGUACGGCCUAUUUAGACAGGGUCUCAGAUGUGACGGUAAGAACCGUUUACGUCGAGACAGACCCACCAUAAAGAUCAGGAGCCAAGCCUUGAAAGAUAAUCCCGCUCUGCGCCAGCAUAACGAGAGACACGAGAAGUCUGUGGGUGAAUUACUCGUGGAAAAAUUUUUAAUCAAGGACAAGAAGCUUGAAGAAGAAGAGAAACGUCUGCAAUUGUUCCACCAGGCCAGUUUACUCCAAGAUGAAGAGGAUGACGUAGAUCUGCAACAGAUAAAGAAAAUUACAAGAAGAUUCACAAGAAGAAGGUCCUCCGCGGAUAUACAAUUGGACCCUGAGCAGAUUGAGAGAGAAGUGGCUUACGCACAGGUCCAAGCAAAGGUGCUGGACACUCUGGUCGCUGAAGAGCAGGCAGAGAUUCAAGAUGCAGUGCGUAGAGGGACUCUGAUUAAGAAAGGAACUGUUGGGGGGCCAAGAACUGUGCCUGGAUUUUUCAGGAGCGUUGAUGGAGAUACUGCAUCCCAGGGUGAAGAGGAAGCUGCUGCUCAGAAGAUGAGAAAGAACCUGAAGAAGCUUAAAAAGAAAAAGAAAACGACUGACAAGCCUUCUCCACCUGAGGAUGGUAAUAGUUCUAGAGAACGUAGGUCUAGUACCUCUAGUGAAGCCUCUGUGGACGUGCAGACCAGUGAAAAUAGCGAAGAGAAAGAAAGAAAGCGCUCCAAGCCUCAGACGUUCAAAGUUGAGGCCAGUAACAGUGUGGGAGACUUUUCCACCAUUUGGGUGAACAGUGGAGCCAUAGAGCAGUUCAGAGAGAGCGUGAAGAUUCCAGUUCCUAGAAAAAUAACAGCACGUAAGACUGACAGACACGAAACUGAGGAAGAAUCCGAGACAGAAGUCAUACUACCCGUAAAGCGGCCUUACAUAAAGGACACUUCCAGGAACAGCGUGUAUUUUACGGUGAAAACGCCACCAGAGACCCUGAAGAGUGAUCCAUUGAAGGAUCUAGACACCAUAACUAAUGGAAUGAAGUCAGAGAAGGAGCAGGAAUCUUCUAAAGAGAAAGAAACUGAUCAGACUUCCUUUGUGGAGGUCAAAAAGUCGAAAGAAGCGAACCUGAAGAGUCCUUUGAAGGAUAAGGUUAUUCCGAAGAUAAAAAAAGAAGAAAUUCCUGACAUUUCCAAGCUGAAGAAGGAAGAGUCUAUAGGCGUGAAGGAGCCCGUCAAAGCGCCCACGACGAAAAGGGUUGAGGAGAGCAACGUGACGGCAAGUGUUGAAGAGAGCAGCGCCAGCGUAGCGCUUCCAUCGGUUUUGGACAGGCUGCCAAAAGCGUCUAAAAUUAAUACGGAUGAAAAUAAUGCCGUAGAAGCGCCAAAGUGUUUGUUACGAGGGCCGGAGUACCUGGCAAAGCCGAUGAAAGCCGAGCGUGACGAGGACGUGGCAUCUCUGUUGCCGGGAAAGAAGAUAAGCAAAACCGUGACCUUGAGGAACGCCUCUGCAGCUGGUGUCUACGUUGAGCCGGCUAGCGUGGAACUUUCUGAUGAAUCAAAGAAGGAAAAUCAGUUAGUAAAAACUUCUUCCUCAUCUAAUGACGCAACAGCUAAGCUCGUGACCUUGUUAGAAGAUUUCAAGAGUGAUACGCAGAAGGCAGAAGGUUCAGAAAGCGUAGAAAAGCUUCUGGUAGAGGAUGGUAAGGAUAAGCAGGUGAAGAGUGAUGUGAAGAUGUCGAAACUACCUUUCAUGGUAGCUGUAAAGAAGAAUGAGACCAAUAAAGUGGAGAAUAAAGCAUUGUUGAAGAGUACAGCGAAGACUGAGAACAAAGAGGCUAGGAUACCGUGGAGGAAUAAGUUUGCUAAGGUCAACAGCCCUGUGGAGAACAACAUUCCUCUGGAUAGAAGCAUUAGUAUGGAUUCUCAACCGGUUUUACCCAAAGAACAAGAAAAUCUGAAGUCUUUGAAGCAGUCUACCUCUGUAGAUGACACUUUGGUGAACAAAAUGCAAGUGGAGAAGCCAGUAAUCAAUGGAGAUAGUGGGGCCCUGUCGAAAAGUACCUCUACUGAGUCCAUAGACUUCUGGAGCGAGAUCAAAGGACCGGAGAGUCCCAAAGUGGCUAAGGUAGUGAACAAGGGAUUCAGUUUCACCGGUUCCAAGAGUUCCGAGCCAGGUCAGGCGGUCGAGGACCUCGGCGGCGGGCAGCUGGACAAGAAAAAAGAGACUGAUCCUAAAAUAAGCGUCGCCACUCCGCCAGCCGGGCUCAGUAAUAUCCCCGUAAUCGAGGAGGAGCAGAAGACUGAAGUGGAACCGGAGAAAUUGAAGACUGAGCAGCGGGUUUCAACCUCCGAAGUCUCUUCACCUAGCAUAGACAAGUCUGAGGUGAAUAAAGAUGAUUCUACGUUGAAAAAAGGGCUGAAAAAAAAGAGAAACCUGUCCUUAGCCAUUGGCCGAGAAUCUACAGAAAUUUAUUCUACCGUGAAGAAGGCUCCCUUAAAGAGGGAGGACUCUUCAGCAUCUACAGUAUCUGCUCAAUCUGUCACAAGUACUCCAGACACGUCAGUACCUGCUUCUGAAGUAUCCACACCGGUCUCAGACAUUUCUGUACCUAUAAUAAAUAUCGUGGAAGCUCCAACACCGACUAGAUCUGAUUCUCAGGUGUUUGAAGAGGACGACGAGCCAAAGACACCCACCAAUGAGUGGCCAGACAUUGGACUACCCAAGAUCUCCAAAUGGAACAAUCACAGUGAUCUCUCCAACGCCGACGAGGUUGACAAGGACAUCACUCCAGUACCCUCUAAGGAGGCCAGCGUAACCUGUAGUCCAGAGGGCAGCCCAGAGUCCUCUAAGAAGAAGAAAGUGAUCAGGAAGAAGAAAACUUCUACGACUAAGAAGAGUUCUACUAAGAAAGAAGCUAAAAAAGACAGCAAGGAGUCUAAAAAGAAUUCUUCCAAGACUUUGGAGACCCUGAAGCCUCCGGAGGCCAAAAAUUCCUCCAAAAGCAGCCCCAAGAACACACCUACUCAGAGGCCCGUAGAUCUAAUCAGAAUGUUCUACACCACUCCAUCAGCACUGUUGACUGCAACACCCAGGGACCUGUCUAAAGUCCGCAGAGCCAAGAUCAAGAGGAAAAAACAUCAUUCUAGGAACGCAUCCAUGAGCAGUGAUAGCACCGGAAGCACCACCAGCACUGCAACCACAGAAAGCAGUGGGUCGACGUGUACUGAACUCGACGAUGAUCCUGAACACAAGAGGAUGAACUCUACGAGGAGCAACGACUCCGGCUUUGAUGGCUCACCCAGGAUAUCCAAUUGCGAUAUGGCCUGCCAUAAGAAGUGUGAGAAACUGACAGGGAAUCUCUGUGGAUUGAACCAGAAACUCGUGGCGGAGGCCUUGCAGGCCCUUAGGAGGGCUCCAUCACAGUCGUCGGACACCCAGAGGAAUUCAGACUCCUCAGACCAUUUUCCAAGCGGAAGGAUCACUCCACCAGCCACUAACCUGCCCAGAUUCAAGAAAUACUCUGUGUCGGACUUCAACUUCCUGAAAGUCUUAGGGAAAGGUAGCUUUGGAAAGGUUUUGCUGUCUGAACUUCGUGGAACCGAGUGUGUAUACGCGGUGAAGUGUUUGAAGAAGGAUGUGGUCCUUGAGGACGACGACGUGGAGUGCACUUUAAUAGAAAGAAAGGUCCUGACCCUUGCUACAAGACAUCCGUAUCUCUGCCACCUGUUCUGCACGUUUCAAACAGACUCCCACCUGUUCUUUGUGAUGGAGUAUUUAAACGGUGGCGACCUGAUGUUCCACAUACAGAAAUCUGGUCGUUUCCCAGAGCCAAGAGCUCGAUUUUACGCUGCAGAGAUCUGGUCAGGCUUGAACUUCUUGCACAAGAAGGGAAUAGUGUACAGAGACUUGAAGUUAGAUAAUGUGUUGUUGGAUUUCGAGGGGCACAUCAGGAUAGCCGAUUUUGGCAUGUGCAAGUUGCAGAUAUUCCUCGAUAGAACCGCUGACACUUUCUGCGGCACGCCUGAUUACAUGGCUCCUGAGAUUAUAAAGGGUCUGAAAUACAAUCAGGCAGUGGAUUGGUGGUCGUACGGUGUGCUUCUCUACGAGAUGCUCACGGGACAGUCGCCUUUCUCUGGCUGCGACGAGGACGAGCUAUUUUGGAGUAUAUGCAACGAGAGACCGUUCAUACCACGUUACCUGAGCCAAGACUCCAGCGACAUAUUGAUCGCCCUUCUGGAAAAGGACUCUGGCAAAAGGCUACCUGGACACGAAAUCGCCUAUCACUCGUUCUUCCAAUCAUUACCAUGGGAUAGAUUAGAGAGGAGACAAUUGGAACCACCUUUCAAGCCAGCUCUGGAUCACACUCUAGACACCAGGUACUUCGAUACAGCGUUCACAGCCGAGAGGCCUCGACUAACCCCUGUACCUGAGCAGAUACUCUCCUCCAUGGACCAGGGAGUCUUCCGUGGCUUCUCUUACACUAAUCCAAAUGCAACAGACUGAACUCUUCACCAGAGAAUUGCUAUAAAUUGCACAGCUUUGUACCAAUUGAUGGCGUUCAAUGCGUUGCUCCUAUCUUAUGGCGUGGAUGAUCCUGCGGAUCGUCUAGGAAGUGAUCUGACAGGAGGAUGAAGAGAUUACUCUCAUUUUUGUUGUCUAUAAGGCCAGAUGACGGACUGAGACUCGGUGAAGUCGUUGAAGGAGACGGCCAGAAUGGUUCAACAAAGAGUAAAUGUUCCUGUAACGCUUGCACUCACAAAGAGUCAGGCUUCCAGCGAUAGUGCUAGGUUUUUGUAUAACGUAGGCGCUGCGUUGCUAGGAUAGAACACUUGUUAGAUUAGCCUUCCAUGGAACGUAGACGGGGAU